AUGGGAAGAAGUCCAUCAUGCAGUUCAGAUGGUUUGAAGAAAGGAGCCUGGACUCUUGAAGAAGACCAUAAGCUCAUUUCGUACGUUCAGAAACAUGGCGAAGGUGGGUGGCGUUCCCUGCCACAGAAAGCUGGUAAAUCAUCACAUCUUAUCUAUCAUUUGAAUUCAAGUGCAAGUUUCAGCUGUGGGAAUGUGGGAAGUGGAAGUGAAGAUAUAAUGUGGGCUACAAUUGCCAAGCAGUUUCCAAGGAGAACAGAUCAUGAAAUUAAAAACUAUUGGCACGCUCAUCUCAAGAAACGCUUAGCUAAAACAUGUAUAGAUCCGACGACAACAGGCCGCAGCUCAUCCAGCGGUACCACCGUCACUGCCGCCAAUCCCAAGACCGACACAGAAUGUGUUAAACCACAACCAUCCGAACCCAAAACGCAACGCUCAGCUUCGACAUUGCUACUCAAUAAGUUAGCCACUAGAGUUACCCAAUGUGUCGGCCUUUUACAAUCAAUGCCAUUCAACGGUAACGGUACCUUUUCCCAACCCUUUUCAAGUUGUGCGGCAGCACAAUCAUCAGAUAAUAAUAUCACUGAUUCGCUCACAACACCGGAAACUGGAAACGCCAUUGAUGAAGGUGUUUUAAACGACAUCACGGCUUCCGAAUUUUCUUCAUUCACUUGCGUUGAUGGGAUUAAUGAUUGGCAUAACAACAACGACAAAUUUCUAACAGGAGAAAUCCAAGUUGACAAUCAGAGUGAUUCUGUAACUGUUAACUACUAUGAAGGACUAUGGGAUGACGAUGCAGUUGAUGAUCAUAUGAUCUUUGAUACAGUGGGAUCUCUGGGAUUUUAUGAUUCUAACCUAUUUAGUUCAAGUGAUGUUAGUCCUUGA